AUCUCAAUUAAACAGUUUGAACAAUUUAUUAUCUGUCAUUAGGGCUUCAAAGGAAAGAGUGAUUUCUGUAAUUAAAAUUCUGAUUAUUGAAGCCUGUCAAAAAUUUAGGUUUAAAUUCUUCAUCAGCUUUAUUCACAUAUUCAAACUCUUAUUAACACUGAAAGUGUAUGCACUGGAUUAUAUUUACAAAUAAAUGUGACACUGAUCUGUGAUAUAUCUUCAUUCAUAUAUUAACUGAACUUGUAAAAUUAUUUAUUAUAAAUGUGCUAGUGUUGGAAAGUAAAAGUUACUGAAAAGUGUCAAUAAACUGAAUAAAUAAUGGAUCUGUUACCAUCAGUCGACUUACUUCGGGAUUAUCUUGUGGCACAUGAUCGUGCAGUACGUGAAAUCAUUGCUUUAGAUCAGUACAUUGAACAGAUGAGUGAGCAGACUUUUCUCUCUUCCAUGGGAGAAUGCAUGAACUCAACCCUCCAGAAAAUGAUCCGCAUCUCUGUCGCUGAAGGUCUGAAGAGAAUGUACAAGGAGUACCGUCUGCAGAAAUGGCUGAAAGUUCAAGAAAUGGCAAAAACUGUCCGUCGAGUACUAGAUGCUGAGGUCAAUCCAACUGAACUGGUACCACAAUCUCACCAGGAUCAGAUAGUGCCGGUGCACUAUAACCAACCUCCGUACUGGCAAGCCCAGAACAUGAACCUGCAGAUACCCUUGCAAGACAACCAGAACUGGCAACCUGCCAACUCCAUCCAACAUAUGGUAUCUCCAGUCCAUAUUCCAUAUCAAGAAGUGAUCUCACCUAUUCAAACUCCAAACGGAACUGACAACACUACUGUCAGCAGACGUCAUGUAACAGGUGCCACCCCUGAAGAAUUUCACCAGUUUUCUGUUGCUAGGUUUAGUCCCACUGAAAACAACCCUGCCUCCAGACAACUUUUUGAAGAUGAAAAUGACAUUAUUUCUGUAGAAUGUGACAUUUCUAGUGCUAUCAGUGAAGUUCAGGAGCCUCUGCAUCAAAUUAUUCAAACACCUUUGUCUGGUUCUAGUGUUACUGGCCAAAUAAUUAUUGAAAAUGUGACCAUUCAGAAUUCAGAGGAGAACCAGUCUGUGAUAAUUCCCAUGAUUCAAAUGGAGCAGCAACAGAUCAUCAAUGAGCAUCUGGAGGAGUCUGAUGAAGAAAUGGACUGGGAUAGUGAUGAAUCUAGUUACAAUGAAUCAGAAGAGAGUUUAGCUGGUGUGUUGUUUGCAGCGGAGCACCUGCUACCAGACGAACAGGCAGUGAGACUGGAUGUUGAGAUGGGAGACAUGGGAAUUGGACACAUGGUUUUUGAUCGUGUAUCAGCCACGUGGUUUACUGCACACUGUGAAUUCUACAGGGCCGACUAGAUAGCUAGAACUUUGCUGUAUGAAUCAACUCUAUUUAUCUGUAUUUGCAAAUGUACAUAUCUAUUUUCACACUGACAUGUUUAACAUUGCAUUAUAAAGCUGUAACACCUGUAUCACAAAAGAAAAUACUCGCAUUCUUAAUCAAGAUAAUAUUUUAAAUACUUUCCAUGCAAUUUUUUUGUAACCAUUGAAAUGAAAUUCUAUCAUGGCUACAGUUAACAUCAUAAAAGUAUGUUCUCUAUCCAUUCUUCAGCUAGAAUCCUUUUUUGUGUAUCUGUAUGCAAAAUCAACAAUAACUGGCAGGUGAUUUCUUUUCAAUGUUUUGCUGCAUAUUUAUGAAAAUUACAGUUUCCUAUAUUCUUUAAAUCUACUUGUUUCUAAUUGCUUUUCUCUUGUACUUCUUUCAGACUUUUUGACUAAACUAAAUUUUAGACACUUCAUUAAAAACUAUUUUCAAAAAAGAUUCUAACUUCAUACUUCUUUGAAAACAUAUCUUUACAUGUUACCUUUAUAAAAUAUAGACAAGAGAUUUUAAUUUCUAUAGCUUGUAACAAGAAAAAGCACAAAAACAAAAAGAGUAUGUGUGUUCGUGUGUCUGUAAUAAUUAUUUUCUCCUUUAUGUAUAUAAAUAUGCAAUAAUCUUCUUAUUUUGUUUGUUUCAAAUUGAUUUGAAAUGUGCUACAUGGUUUCAUUUGUUAAUGGAGUAAAAGUAGUGAAAAAUAAAAGUUGUUGA